GGUUGGAAAAAAUUUGGUACAUAAAUCCAUCAACCGUACCGGAAAUCUAAGCAAAAACUUUUAUUCGCAAUAAAUUUUAUUCAAAAUUUUCAAUUCAUUGCGAGUUGAAGCGAUGGAUGGAAGUUUUGUUAGAGUUUGUUUAGCCGCUUGUUUCGGCACAUGCAAACAAACUACGAUAUUUCUAAUCAGAAUAAACACACAUUUUAUCGAUCAAACUUCGUUUGGGUUUUUUUGGGAGGAUGUGUGAAACAAUAUUGGACCUUGUAACUAUUUGCGGUUGUUGUUUUUGUUUUGCCUUAAUCGAAUGUUAAAAACGAACAUUAGCCAAAGUACUAACGUAAGAAUGAGCGAUAAUGAUGCCGACAGUGAUACAGAGACCUAUUUUUUAACGCCAGUCAACGAAUACAAUAUCGUGGAUAAAAUUCAAUCGGCAAAUAAUUUAUUGUUUGCAUCGAUUAACGACAAAGAGCACGAUAUGGAAAUUGAACAGCAACCCAGUGAAAUCGCAAUCAAAUCGGAUAAAUUUCUGCUGCAAUCAAAGCAUCGUGUUACAUUUUCAUCGGAUAUUGAAGAGUACGAAGAUAAUGGGAGCGAAGCGGAAAGUGCCGAUAUACAAUAUAAGGAUGAUGAAGCGAUUGACAAAGAGAUUGCCGAGAUUAUUGAACGAGGUGAAAGAGCACCCAGCAAACAGUCGGUCAACACUGAUAACGAUCAAAUCGAUGGCUUUAUGAAGCGAUUGUCGAUCGAAGAGAUUGUCAACUAUUCGAAUGACGAAGAUAGUGUGUCCGAUGAUAAUGAAUAUACCAGCGAGGUGGAAGUAGUUGAAGAGAUAAAUGAGGCCAUAGUUGCGGAAGAAAGAGAAAAUAGUGUAACGCCAUCACCAGUACCAAUUGAAAUUGUAGACAAUGCCAAUGAACAAACUGCUGAAAUUGAAAAACGAAAAAGGGCACCGAUGUUAAGUAGAAACAAUGAAAAUGACCCACCGUGUAGAGCAUGCAAUAAAGUCACCAGUUCAUCAGCUAGAGACUAUGAUUCUGCAUUGAAGUCUAAUCAAGCUAGAUGCAGCGCUAAAACGGCAGCUGGCAACAGACCGGCCACUUCACAAACCAAACGAAUCGCAUCAGCAAAUGUGCGUCGAUGUUCGGCCAAUAAACACAUCAUGAAUCAAGACGAUCUCCUUAAGAUACAUUUAAAUGUGCGAUCAUGUUGCGAGAAUAAGUACUUGGACAAUAAUCGGUUGCCACGGUACAAUGGAUACAUUUCCCAGUAUGGACUAAGCAAAGAUCAACUGGAGACACGCGAAUCGAAUCGACAGAAAUAUUUGGAGAAACGUGCACGACGCGAACGCGAAAUAAUGCGAGCGAAACAACAAAUCGCCCAUUUGAAUGAGCUGGCAUUUCAACAGUGGCUCAUACGAAAAAACCGUUCAUCACGGCCCAAAUAUAAGAAUAUGUACGAUUCGGUGGAACCAAAGCCAACAAUUAAAUACCAUCCAUCGGCAAAAUUUAGCCGAUCAAGCGAAAGUAGUUCAUAACCAAUGUUGAUGCAAGUCAAUUUAGUGUUUCGUUUUUACUAUUCAUUUGAAUUUCGACUGGAAUUCAAGUAUCGACGACUGAUUGAAAUUUGCUAAAAUUUAGACAAAAAAAAACAAUCGAAACAUUUCGAAUACUCGGUGUGUUAUGGAUUCUUAUUGAGAAUUUUUCAAAAGUGAAAAGAAAAUUCACUCAUAUUUUUGGCUAUGAGAAAUUGAGAAACGUACAAAACUACAUUUCAACCGUAUGAACUUCCUGUGUGUUAAAAUUGUUGUGUUGUCGUUAUCGUCUCCCGCAAGUGAAAUUGACCGUCUGUGUAACUGUUUCACGGUAUUUACACUUAUACUGAAACAUGUAAAUGUUUCAGCAUCCCACAUACACGAGCAUGCCUCCUUUGAUAUACAACCGUACAACCGUUUGCAACUACCACAACGAUGCGCCGCUACUUCGACGCAGUCCGUUUCCUGGAAAUUUGCCUGUGUGUGUCUCGCACACACAAAUAAUACGCAUCUUGACUCUGUUUUCUACAGACGGUGCAUUCGACGACAGUUCGCGUCGCUGUGUUCAUUUCAAUACUGUUCAGUUUAGACGUAGUCUGCAGAGUGAAUCGAACAUCACAACGAAAAAUUGCGAUACAGCUGGGAUCAGCAUAAACAAACAGUCUCAAAUACAAAAAAGUAGAGUCAAAUAAAUCACCACAGUAAAAAUAAAUCAAUUUGUAAUUGAUUGCACUAUCGCAUUGGAGAAAAGGAAAAAGA